AUGCCUGACUGGUCCGAUCUUACCGUGGCUCUAAAAGGAAGCUUAGACAAGCUCUCCAAGCUCCUCCAAUCCGAUGAGCAGUUGAAAGCCUUCACAACGUCGAACGCGAUUGAGAAAGACGUGACGUUCGGGAUCAAGUCAAGUGGUUCGGAUAGCACCCUCCUUGUCACAGUUACCAAUGGUGGCGCAAAAGCUACCACUGGCGCGUCGAAAGAUGCACUGUUCACACUUUCCGCUCUCCCAGAGCAAUGGGAACAGCACUUCAAGGAAGUUCCGGCUAUGCCGUACCAGAGCUACUGGGGAAUGUUCGGCAUGAACAUCAAGCAGAAAGGUAUUGAAGUCCUGGGCGAUCAGACAGCUUUCGCGCAAUGGACUCAUGUAUGGAGGCGCGUCCUCGAGCUUACCCAUGACGCGCAAUGUGGGCCGAUGAAGGAAGACGAGCAACCCGAACCUGAACGAGACUUUCUUACCGGAAAGUACACGUACCUCGAGGCUCCAGUGUGGGGUAGAUGCAAGAUCUUUUACGAAUACUCUGGCGAGGGAAAGCAACCCAUCGUCUUUUUACAUACCGCUGGCAGUGACAGUCGGCAAUAUCACGGUGUCAUGAACGACGCAAAGAUGCGCAAGAAGUGUAUCAUGUACGCGUUCGACCUGCCAGGCCAUGGACGAAGCUUCCCCUCGAAGAACUACUCCCCGGGCGCCCAUACAAACACAGAAGACAGUUACGUGGGAAUCAUCACAGCUUUCGUGAAGGCUCUUGGCCUACGAAGACCGAUCAUUUGCGGCGCGAGUAUGGCUGGCCAGGUUUGCUUGGCAGUUGCGAUCCGCCAUAGGGAGGUUGGCGCUGCAGGUGUCAUUCCAUUGCAAGGGUCUGAGUAUCUCAACAUGGAACGACAAUGGCACGAUCGCUCUCCAGUCGUUAACCAGUCGUUAUUCAACCCAGAAUGGAUAUAUGGCAUGAUGUCUCCAACUACACCUCAUGUGAACAAGCAACUUAUAUGGCACACAUACAGCGCGCAAGCCUACGGUAUCUUCCACGGCGACCUCGACUUCUAUUUCGGAGGUUGGGACGGACGGUCACGCGUAGCUUCGAUCGACACCCAAAACUGUCCCGUAUACAUGUUGACGGGCGAGUACGAUUGGUCCAACACACCAGAGAUGGGACAGAAGACUGCAGACAAGAUCCCCGGAGCCAUGCAUAAGGCGAUGCCGGAUCUCGGUCAUUUCCCGGCUACCGAAAACCCGGCGAAGUUUGUACCGCAUCUGAUUGAGGCAAUCGACCAUAUACAGAAGGUCAGAUCGGAUAACUUGAGUACCAUGCGGUUGGGUGAUGGUACGGAUUAA